AUGAAUGAACAACAAACAUUUCUCACAACUACUACGAUUCCUGAUUUCACUACUGGCGAUGAAGAUACUGCUGUAAUUGAUACGAUGAAUACUAAUAAUAGUUAUUCACCGAAUACUCCAUCCAAAAUUGAAUUACUUUCAAAUCUUACUGAUAAAGAAAAAAAAAUUGAACAUGACUUAGACAAUAAUAAUGAUUAUAGUUUUCAAGAUGAUGACCAAUAUCAUCGUCAUAUACAAGACAUGAUGAUUGAUCAAAAUGACGGUGAUAAUGUGACUGAAGAUACCGAUGAUCAAGAAUAUCAAGAUGACAUUAAUCAAUCUAAUAAAAUGGAUACAUUCAAUUUUAAUUUCUCUCUUUCUAAUCCAAAUGAUUCUGACGAUUCAUUAAAACAAUUAACAAACCUAAACAAAGAUACUGGCAAACCAAUUUAUUCAAAAUCCAAUAACAAUGAUGACAAAAGACCAAGAAAAUUUAUAUGUCGUUAUUGCAAUAAAGCAUUUAGUUUAAUGAAUGUUCUUAAAGUUCAUGAAAGAAUACAUACUGGAGAAAAACCAUAUGUUUGUGAAAUAUGCAAUAAAGCAUUUAAUCAAAGUGGUUCACUAAAUCGUCAUAAGAACACACAUACUAAGCGUAGCAGUGAUAAUCGUAGUUAUUCAUGUCGAUUCUGUCCACGUCAAUUUCUACAUUCUAGUCAAUUACAAGAUCAUGAAACAGUGGAGCAUAGUAUGGAAAUGAAUAUAUCAAUUUCAAAAUCAAAUGAUACAAGAGUUAAUGAUUAUACUACUGUAAAAUUACCAACAUCUUCAUUAUCCACAACAUCUUUACCAAUAAUAUCAACAACGGAAACAAUAAAAACAAUAACAGAAGGAAUAACAGCUGAUUGUAAUAUAUUAAAACAAAAUCAUUUAUCAAGUCAAUUACUUCAUAAUAAAUCAAUAAAUAAUAAUACCCUGAAACUUUCAUCUUCAGAACAUAAUAAUAAAAAUUUUGACAAAAAUAAUAAUAAUAAUAAUAAUAAUAAUAAUAAUAAUAAUAGUAAUUUACUUAAUAAUAAUAUAGAUAACAAUGAUAUAGACAAUAAUAAUUCAAUGUCAUUAUUAAAUUCUACCCAAAAUCUUUUUGAGCUUGAUACAAAAAUGACUGGUGUAGCAAAUAAAUUUCCAUUUCCUUAUGGUUUAAAUUUGAUUAGUAAAUUUUUACCAGUUGGUUUAACAGAUGAAUUUAUUAAAUCAUUAGAGAAUAAUAAUAUAGAUGGAUUAUUACAUCAAUUACCUAUAACAACAACUACUACAAUAACAAGUUCUUCAACAGUUGGUAUCACUUCUACUAAUACUGUUUCUGGUAUGAAUAUUUCAAAUAUUAUUAAUCCUAUUAAUAAAGGAAUACUGAAACAGGACUUGUUAGAUAAUACAAAUACAUUUACUUGUACAUUAUGUUCAACAAAUUUAUCAUCAAAAACUGAAUUAGAUAUACACUGGGGACAACAUUUUAUACAACAAAUGGAAGCUCAACUUGGUCCAAUAUCAAACAGUUUAAUACCAUCGUCUUCACUUUCAAAUCCACUUAAUCCAAUUCAUCUCAAUCCGAAUACUUCUUUCAAUGAUAUUAAUUCCAAGUUACCUCAUUCAUUUACAUCGUCUACACAAAAUACAUUAAAACCAAUUGAACAAACAGAUUUAAAUAAAAUUCUACCUGAAAAUUCAAAUACAACGUAUCCGUUUGAUAAUUGCUUAUCGCAUACAUCUAUAGAUAACAUUUCAUUAUUGAAUUCAACUAAUAUGAAUUCAGCGGCUACUGCUGCUGCUGCUGCCGCCGCUUCUGCAGCUAUGGUAACGGCAUUAAGUCAAUUUUUAUUGGGUAAUACACCUGGCCAAUCAUUACCGAACCCAUCAUUGUUAGCCGCAACAGCUGCACUGACUAAUCCUGAAUUAUUAAAUACUCUUAUGAAUGCACUGCCACCUACCAUUACUACUACUAAUACUAAUAGUACUACCAACACUACUAUUAAUACUAAUACCACUAAUAAAAGUGAUAAUAAUAACACACCAACUAUUCAAAGCAACAUGAACGAACUUAAUCCUAAUCAUUUUAAUAAACUACUGAAUAGUUUGACCAAUGUACAUAACCACUUAAAUUUUCCACGUAGCACAGGACUUUCAAAUAAUAUCGCUCAAAAACUCCUUGAUAUUGAUACUAAUUCAUUUGGACUAAAAGAUCACGCCUUGAAUUUUAUUAUCAACAAAGCAUGUAAUAUAUCGCCCGAUUCAUUGACCAAAUCUCCAACAUCUUCCUCACCGUCAUUGUCAUCAUCAAUUUCACCAUCAGCUAUUAUAACAACAACAAUCGGGACAACAACUAUGACAACAUCAAUUAGUCAAAAUUAUUCUUCGUUGAAUCAUUUAAAUCAAAAAACUCCUUCAUCAUUAUCUACACAUUCAAUAUGGCCGUGUAAAUUAGAAUUAGAUUUUACAAAUCGUUCCAUCAUUAAUCCAUUACAAUCGAAUUGUGCAUUAAAUCAAUUAUUUACUGAAUUAGAUACAAAUCUAUCAAUGAAUAUGGCAACAUCGAAUUCAUUUGAUCAACAAAUGUUAUCUACAAUUAAUUUAUCAACUUGUAAAAAUAAUAGUUAUAUCACAGAGGAUUCAUUUAAAUUAAAUAAUUCACGUCAUUUAAGUAUUGACAGUGAAAAUUAUUCCAGUGAUCUUGAAGGCGGUGGUGGUGGUGUAGAAGGUGUAGGUGGUGUUGGUGGAGGAAAUUUAACCGAUUCCACAUUGAGUGGAAGUUUCAAUACAUUAAAAAGAAAACGUUCUAAUUCACCGAAUCACUCAAUUGAUAACAGUAAAUCACGUAAAUGUAAUUUUUGUAAUAAACAAUUUAAUUGUACAAGUGCCUUGAGAAUACAUUAUCGAAAACAUUCAGGUGAACGUCCGUAUAUAUGUCGGCAUUGUGGUAAAGCUUUCUCACAAAAUGGUACAUUAAAACGACAUUCACAAACAUGUAAAGCUGCUUAUAAUAAAAACAACAGUAACACUAAUACCAAUAAUAAUAACAAUAAUAAUGAGAAUCGAGAUGUUCAUUUCAGUCAAAAAUUCCCCACAUCUACACCUACUACCCAUCAUCAAUCAUCAUUCAUUAAGAACAUAUCAAAUAAUAUUACUGAUCCAAUUAAUUUGAAACCAUCAAAUUUUUCAACAUUAUUAUGUGAUCCAAUUGAUGGAUUAUCAGAUACUGAAGGUCAAAUGAAUUUAUCACAAUCUAUAAAUAAUAUUAAUCAUAUAAAAACUACUUUACCUACUACUAUGAAUAAUAUAAAUACUAAUAUGAAUAUCGUACAGAAUAAUAAAACGAAUGUAAAUAAACUAUCGAAUCGAUAUAUUUAUCCUGAACCAACUGAAAAACAAUUACAUAAUUCGGAAAAAUCACAAAUAUGGGAAAAUAGUAAUAUGAAAUUGGAAGAAGGAAAUUGUUCAUUGUUAAAUAAGACAGCACUUCCGUCAAUAGUGACAACGAAACACGAAAGUAACGCUUCUAAUCCUUUUAAACAACAACAACAACAACAAAUUAUUCAUGUCGGUCCAUCAUUGAAUAUUCAAAAUCAAACCGCAACACUUUGGUCAAAUUUUGAUUGGACAAUAUUAACUAAUUAUGAAAUUAAAUUAUUAUUAGAAAAAUUACAUUCACUUGGUAAAAUAUACGGUUGUAUUGAUUGUCAAACAUAUUAUUUAGAUGAGAAAAUGGCAACUUAUCAUUUAAGUAGUAUGCAUGGAAAUUUAAAUGAUCAAUCGUCAUCAUCAUCAUCUUCAUCAUCAGGAUCAUCAUCAACAGCAGCAGCAGCAGCAGCAGCAGCAACAACAACAACAUCAGCAUCACCGUCAGUAGAUAAUAGUAGUAAAAAAUUUGAAUGUUUUCUAUGUGGUGUAAAUUUAAAUAAUUCUUUAUUAUUUUUAGAACAUUUUACUCAUUGUUUAUCAAUGAAAAAACAUAAUGGGAUAGAUUUAAUGAUGAAACAAACUACUACUGACCCAUUAACUAUUCUUUCAGAUAAUAAAGCCACUGAUAAUAAUAAUAAUAUGUGUAAUGAGUUGGAUAAGAAUGAAGAUGAAAACAUCAGUGAACAAUCAAUAAAUGAAACAAUACAAAUGACAAAUAUUAAAUCACAAGAAUCACAUACUGUUUCAUCGAUUAUAGACUAUUGUAAUAAUAAUAUUAAUAAUGAUAAUAAUCCUGUAUUGAACAAUAUCAAUGAUCAAUCAGAAAUCAAACUGAAUGGUUAUUGUAUAGAGGAGAGAGAUGAAGUACAUGAAAAAGAUGAUGAUGAUGAUGAUGAUUUGCAUACAUCAUCAUCACCACCAUGUCAUAUAACAUUCUCUAAUUCUGUAGAUCAAUUAACCGGAUAAUCUAUUGAUAAUUUAUGAAUGAAUAUCAUAUUUUCAUUUUUCUUUCAUUUCAAUAAAAUCAAAAUAAACUAACAACAUUAUUCAGUCUAUAUAAAUAUAAACAUAUAUAUUAUCUAACCUGAUAUUUCACAUCAUGUUAAUCAUUUGUUACUAAGAGAAAAAAUCAAUAAUG